CAUCCUCCGACGCCGAAGGAGCGUUACCACAGCCAGUUGCUCUGUCUCAACCCGAGAGACGAGGAGGGGAAGGCAAGGCAAGGCAAGGCAAGGCAAGAAGAACCACACACACACAAAGGAAAGGAGACAUUGUCCCACCGUCCGACCAGGAUGAAAUCUGCGGGCUCAGGCGUCCUCGAGUUAUUCACGGACAGCUACUGUAACACCUGCAAUGCGCAACUGAUCUCUGAGUCGCAGCGAGUGGCCCAUUACGAGAGCAAGAAACACGCCAACAAGGUUCGCUUGUACUACAUGUUGCACCCUGAAGAUGGUGGGCCCCCCUCCAAAAAGCUACGGCCUGACAAUCCAGACAGUGAUGACAGAGAAGUUGAUAGGAACAAGUGCUGUACCCUCUGUAACAUGUUCUUCACUUCAGCUAUUGUAGCACAGUCACACUACCAGGGCAAAACACACGCCAAGAGAAUGAAGCUGGUGCUAGGAGAGCCUCUGGUACCCCCCAGGACAACAGAGUCCCCUCCUGACUCUCUGCCUCCUGCGACGCCCAUCUUCCCUGGCCUGGGUUCCAUCACGGACAAUGGCGACUCGGGCAAGUUCUGCCGGCUCUGCAGCUCCUGGUUCAACAACCCGAUGAUGGCUCAGCAGCACUACGAGGGCAAAAAGCACAAGAAGAACGCGGCCAGGGCCAAGCUGCUUCAGCAGCUGGGGGAGACACUGGACUCAGAGGCUCUCAGAGCUUUGAAAAGCAGCUACACCUGCAACAUCUGCAACGUGAUCCUGAACUCGGUGGAACAGUUUCAUGCACACCUGCAGGGCUCCAAGCACCAGAGCAACCUCAAACAGCGGCAGUGGGAGGCUGCUCUUACUAUCAGUAAGGGUUCACAGCAAUCGCCUUACCCCAGGGAAGAAAGACAGGAAUCCUGUUCUGCCUCUCGAUGACAGCCCAACCCAGAAGAUGCUUCCUCUCAACGACAGCGAUGGAAUACAGGGGUGUUGCACCCCAGGAACAGAGGGGUGGGCAGUUACGGGGUGGCAGGGUGACUUCAGGCUGAAGGCCAACUCAACAAGACAAAACAGAAUCUUUAAUGUAUAUGUGCUGGUGAGAAGUGUCACAGUCAUACUCAUAUCUUUCAGGUGAAAAUAAUCCAUCCACCAAUGAACAAGAUAAACCAAUCUUUUUAUAUCAGUGUUUCUAAGGAAAACUACAGCAAUCAACAUCCUGUAAAUAGAAUGACCAUUACAUCAAGGACCUCCAGGUGGCACAAGUGUUCGGCCAUUUGGCCCAUCCUGCUUGUGCUAGCUCUUUGAAAGACCUAUCCAAUCAGUUCGACUUUACACCGAUGAUUUUUCCUUCUCUGUCCACCAAUCCAUCCACCGCUUCCUCGGGCAAUGUGUUCCAGGCUGAGCCACUAACAAAAUGCUCCUUCUUACUAAUUUUGGCAAUUAUUUGAAGUUUGUGGCUUCUGAUUGCUGGAUUCUUGCUGGAGUACAUUUUCAGAACACCGAGGGCUCAGGCAUUUAGUGCAGCAACCAUCUGCUGAAGGCAGAGCUAAUGUCGGUAACAGACAGGACGCUGUCUAAGAUUGGCUUUUUUUGCCCAGAGUUGUGUUCAAUUGAAUAGAAAGAGUAUCUGAGUAUCCAUGGUAGUGGCUGCCCAUGAGUGUCAUUUCCAAUAUGAUCAGGAGCUGGAAAAGUAAAGGACUCUUGUUAACCAUUGUCUUUAUCAGAGCAACACUGAUAUUCCCUGUUAACCAGUGAGUUGGAAGCAAGGAUUAAGCCAGAGAGCAGCAAACAGAGUCUACUUAAAUUCAUCACGUUAAAUAAACUGGAGUGAAAAGCUAGUCUCAAUAACGGUGAGCAUGAAAACUACCAAAUUGUCACAAGGACCCAUCUAGUUCAAAGUCAAAGUCGAGUUACUGUCAUACACACAAGUCCAUGUGUGCACAGGUGCAGUGAAAAACUUACUUGCAACAGCAUCACAGGCACACAGCAUCAGAUACUCAACAUUCACAAGACAAACAUAAAUUAAACAUAAUUAUACCAAAUUAUACAAGAAAGAACACAAUUGGAACAAAACACCAAUGUCCUUUAGGAAAAUAAGUUUUGCCAAACUUCCAACAUAGGAUAUAUGUGACUCCAGACCCA